AGGAUGGGGCAGUGUUUCGUUCUGUUGUACACAGGGUCGCUACGAGUUGGAAUUGACUCAAUGGCACCUAACAACCUAACAACAACAUAUUUAAUAAAUAUUGUUAAAAAUAUAUAACUAGCCCAUUAAACCAGGACUUUACAUUGCUUAGGAUGGGACUAAAGUUUAAAAAAAAAAAAGUGAAUUAAUAUAAAGUAAAGCAUUGCUAAGUAAACAGUAGAGUGGGCAGUGCAUGGCUAUGACAGAGCAGGGUGGUCAAGGGCAGUCUCCGUACUCCGCUGCUAGGUCACUUGGUUGUGAAACCUGGCACUCAACCAGUUGUGUGCUCCUUGGACAAGUCUCUCAACCUCACUGUGCCUCUAUUGCCUCAUAUCCAAGAUGAAGUAGUAAUAGUGCCAACUUAACAGGUGAGGUGUGAGGAUUAACGAGAUAACACGCAGCCCAGGGCCUGACUCGUCAUGAGCACUCCAGCACCAUGCGCCUUGCUGCUGGUGGAGGUGGUGAGGAUGAGGAUGGAGGAGUUGUAAUGCAAGCACCCCGAGUCUGGGAAGUCCUAGGCGACCCAGACAAAGCUGAAAUUCUCAGUCCAUGGAGCUGAACAGAUUUGCUCUAUUUUCUACUUCUGCUCUGUCCCAUCUCCCCUGUAGCAUCUAAGAGUGCUGAGACCGGAAAGAACCUUAGAGUCAUCCAGUUGAAAUCUGCUCCAUUUAACGGAUGGGAAAAGCAAGGCUUUGGGAGAAGAUUUCUGGGCCACUGUGUUUCCCUUUAUAACCCACGAUACAGCCCUUCACAUAUAAAUAAGAGGACCCACAGGCGCAAGCCACAGUGACGUCUCUCAGGCCGGUCUGUUUGGUUAGCUGUGUGUGUGCGUUUCCUGAAAAAGAUAAGUAACACUGAGGCCAGCUUCGGCCCCUCAGGAAGCCACGGGUUUGGGCAUGACUAAACAAAAAACCAAACCAAAUCUGUUGCCGUUGAGUCGAUUCCUACUCACGGCGACCCUAUAGGACAGAGUAGAACUGCCCCCUAGGGUUUCCAAGGAGCGGCUGGUGGAUUUGAACUGCCUACUUUUUGGUUAGCUGCUGAGCUCUUCACCAGGGUGCCACGGCCUUGACUAAGGGGAAGGCAAAGCCAGAAGCUGAAAUCACUGGGUUGUUUAGCUCCUCGCCCACCAGCUGCACUGAGCUGCUUGACUGGACACCGACUUCCUUGCUGUGCUGAGUGAUUACCCAUCUCCUGACAUCAGCCCGCCCAUAUUCCGCCGAGGGGAGAAACUGCGUGUGAUCUCUGAUGAAGGGGGCUGGUGGAAAGCCAUUUCUCUUAGCACUGGUCGAGAGAACUAUAUUCCUGGAAUAUGUGUGGCCAGAGUUUACCACGGGUGGCUGUUCGAAGGACUGGGCAGAGACAAGGCUGAGGAGCUGCUGCAGCUGCCAGACACCAAGAUGGGAUCCUUCAUGAUCAGAGAGAGCGAGACGAAGAAAGGUUUUUACUCGCUGUCGGUGAGGCACAGGCAGGUGAAGCAUUACCGCAUCUUCCGCCUGCCCAACAACUGGUACUACAUCUCCCCAAGGCUCACCUUCCAGUGCCUGGAGGACCUGGUGAACCACUAUUCAGAGGUGGCUGACGGCCUCUGCUGUGUGCUCACCACACCCUGCCUGACCCAGAGUAUAGCCACCCCCGCCGUGCAGGCACCCAGCUCGCCCGUCACCCUGCGCCAGAAGACCUUUAACUGGAAGAAGGCAUCCAGACUGCAGGAGGAGCCCGAGGGAGCCGGGAGCACGCUCGGCGUGGACGAGUCCCUUUUCAGCUAUGGCCUUCGGGAAAGCAUCGCCUCGUACCUCUCCCUGACUGGUGACGACAACCCGUCCUUCAGUGGGAGGAAGAAAAGCGUCUCCGUUAUAUACGGCGAGAACAAGAGGAAGAGCUCCUUCUUCUCCUUGCCGCCCUACUUUGAAGACUAGCCCAAGACCCAUCACCGUGCUGUGUGCCAGAAGGAACAGGGCUUCGAACUAUCGGCUGGGAAACUGCUGAGAAGCAGGGUCCCCUGGUCCCUGGAGACCCUCACGUCUUCCAAAAACCGAGAGGCGCCCACGGAGACUCAAACUCUCAUCUUCUCCACCACAUCGUGACGGAAGGCACCCUUCCGGGUGUCUGAUCAGGACAGAGAUGUCACAAGUAUUAAAUGAUGACUCAGUGGGGCACCGUUUCAGAAGAACCCCGUGUGUAUGUGUGUGUGUGUGUGUGUGUGUGUGAGUGUGUGUGUGCGUGUGCGCGCGCGCUGUAUGUGUGUAUGCACUCCACCAAAAAGUGCAGAAGGGGUGUUCCCCAGCAAACUGCCUGAGUGGUCACACACUGUGAUCAUUCAAGAAAACUCCUGCAGGAGAAAAGCCUGGGAAGACCAUGAACCACGAAGCGGUGGCCUGGCAGACAUGGGCUUGCAAACUUCUCCCUGCACUGAGCUUUUUUAACCCAUCCAUCCAGAGACCUUGGGCUUGCACCUCUUCUUCUUUGAAGGGACUUCAGCGACACUAAAUGUUGGCCUUCCUUAUUAGCUGGCUUCGUGAGACAGUGAGGAACCCAGGGAGAUGCUGGGGAUGGGAAGGAAGCACAGAGGCCCCCUGUACAGACUUGAAUCAAGAGAUACCUUUGGCAGACUCCUGAGACAAAGCCAGAUGUGCAGAUGUGAGCAGCCUCCCCAGUUCUGAAGAGGGCAAGACAGAUGGGAGAGGGGAGGCUGCAGGUGGGGAAACAAAAAGGGGGACCUGGAACUGUGUGGGCUUUCAUGAUGCCCCAGACAGGUCUUUGCAACACAUAGAGAGCGUCUCGGGUUGCUGUGAUUCUUGCCUAUAUUAAUGCAUCAAUCAUUCAUUCAUAAUUGCCUACAGAAGCACUGUGUUAGGUCCUGUGUAAGACGCCAAGCCAAAACAAGAUGACUAAGCCCCAGCUCCCAGCAGAGACACCCACAGUAUAGACAGGGAGAAGGGU